AUGUCGGGAAAAACCGCUGCAACGACCUCUCUUGGUUACAUGCGGAAAAGAUUUAUAGACCAGGUCAAGGAGUCGUUAAAUGUCCCGAAGUCAUGUGGCAAUCUGGCGUUGGCAUUGUGCUCGAGUAAGUUAUCGCAGAGUCAAAUUGAUCAAGCCAAAAUCCUCAGCAAACGAAUAUCACACAAACUAAGCGAAAAUUCAGACUCAUCGCUAGUUCAGAUGACUCCACAGGAAGUCGAGGAUGAUGUUUUCGUUAGCCUUUGUGCUCGAAAUUAUAACCAGGUGUGGACUAUUGCACAGAAGGUGCAGCAAGAUCCAAUGAACCUGAGAUUCCGUUCCCCCUCGCUAUACUUGUUGCUAUUGGAACUGAUAUCCGCUAGAGGUGAUCGAUCUCAAGUCACAUUGGCGCUCAAUUUGUACCUGGAACUUUUGUCACAAAGUCUGUUACUGGAAGAUACCGUUAAAGUGGCUACACUACAAUUGUUCAAAUGCUUCGAGAGUUGUCAGGAUUUCACCCAGCUCAUACCAUUGCGUAUCCUCUACGAGAAUACUAUUGUGACCGUCUUGCCUUAUUUUGAGUAUGAAGCUUUAUUUUUAGGAGCACAUCUUCACGUUUUUCUCAAUACUGGUCAGUAUAAUCAAGCUCUAGCCCUCAUGCAUCAAAGCUUUGAGUCAUUCCCUGAUCACGAAGACCAGCUAAUACUACUACAAAAGUUACCAUUAUUGAAGUUAUUUGACACCAUGUGCAACUUCAAAGAUUGCAAUUCUCUAGAAUAUUGGCUAUCGCUAGUACUUGACAAGAAUACUUCUUCCAUUCCGUAUGCCUGGUGGUCUCAGUUUCUAAGUUUGGCAACCUCUCAAAAUCACUAUGGCUUGGUGAAACUCAUUUACACACACGUGAUUAUGGCUGGCCACGACAAGGACCUUGCUAUUGAAGAUGUGAUAACAAACAAUGUUAUAUCAAACAUUGAAGCGCAAAGUACAAUGUUGGCAACAUUGUCCGACCACACCCUUCAAGCUAUUUUGCAUACGUUAGCAUCACACGGGGAUGUCGAGCUGACUUUGAGUUUGAUAGAAUGGCAUUACAUUCACAAAGAAAUGCGAGGAGAAAGGGCCUUGACGAAAGACCUUUGCAUCGAUAUAAUCCGCUCUUAUUGUUUUAAUAAUGACUUCUCGGCAACUCCAAUAGAAGGAGAACAUGACUCCAGUGUGGAGAAGGUUUUAGACGUUUUGGAAAGUUUUCUUUCCAGGCUGAAAGAAGACUUUCAUUACACUGACAUAUCGGAUGCCUUUUCUCACAAGAUCAACACAUUGAAUGUUUUUGAUCAGAAUGUCUUUGAGGCCGCCCGUCAUGAAACUGCCACUGUGGAGUUCAUAAACCAAUUAGAAGAACCCGAACAAGAGGCUCGAAAACUGAAAAACGAAAAUAUCUAUGAAUCUCCACAGGGGAAUGUGUUCAUGAAUCAAAAAAUAAUGCAGCAAGUGAUCAUAUCUCACCUUACCUACAUGAAAGACAGACAUAUGAGCGAAAAGUGUAUCCGCCUUUAUACUGAGUGCAUUCUCAACCAUAUCAACAAAUAUCAAAAUGCUUCAGGAGUGAUCAAUGCCAUGCUGGCUAUGAAAAAAUUCAAUUGCACCUGUUAUUGUUGGUUUACCCCAUCCGUUUUUGACAUUCUCUUCAAAUCAAUUUCCAACUCUGCUGCUGCAAGACUUACAGGGUAUACUUUACUUUCAUUCAUGAAGCAAACAGCUAGACCCGUAUCGAAAUCAAACGUUGAAAAUUUGAUAUUUUCAAGCUUGCGUGGCCCACAGUUCAAUCCUCUUCUUGAAUUUUAUAUUCACGAAUACUUAUCAACCUUCAACCAAAAGCCUAGCGUUCAUGUCACACAACGGAUCCAGAACUUUUCCUCUCUCAAUGACAACGGAAAACGUCUUCUUGAAUUUUUGAAAGAUCACACUGUCGAGUUUGUGCGAGAGAACUGGGAAGCUUACGGUUUCAACUCCGCAUUCCCUCAAAAUAAUUUGCACCUAACAGAUGAUACCAAUGAGCAUUACCAUCAAAUAGAUGUGCGAGAUUCACGACAACUUGCCUUUAUUCUAGACAUGAAAGACUGA